GUAAAAUAAAACCAUUUUCCGACAUACGUUAUCGAUUCGGCCGGACAAUAGGAAAAUCGUGUCGGCUUAGAGCUUACGCACAGGCAUAGCAUGAAUCUACCAACUAUUUGGUCCAUUUGCAUUGCAUCAUCAUAUAUGGCGAUCGGUCAAGUUGUAAAAGAGGUGGAAACCUCGUUUUCCAACUCUUCCCUUUCGUUCAUUCCAUUGCUUUUGAUAAAGGGUAUCUUUCCCUGCGGGGAAUUCAGGGUGGGGCCUUUUGGCGCGCGGGGCCUAGCCGUCCUUUCUUGAAUUUUGACCCUCCAUGCGCCUCACUAGUCUAUUAUCUGACAGUAAAAGUGGAAUCUUUAUUUGUCUUUCGUUGAAAUAUCUGCCCCCUUGUUUUUGUUAAACUCAACACAGUCAUUUUUAAAGCUAAAGUUCAGACGAAAGUAGUGUGUUUUCUGUACUACUCCGUAUUAGUUUGGUCUGUUGUAUUUUUUCAAUCUUUCACAAUUCAAUUAUUGCGGUUUACAAGUUUUUGAAGAAGAGGAAGAAACGGAAGAAAUGGGUGUGGUUUCUCAAGAAUCAAUCAAUGAAUUUGGAGCAUUAAUGGAACAAUUGGAUGAAUCACUCAAGAAGACUUUCCAGAAUAUUCAUCAAGGACAUCCACAAGAAACUCUUGUGCGCUAUCUAUCUGCAAGAGAAGGAAAUGUUUCUAAGGCUCACCAGAUGUUGAUGGGUAGCCUAAAGUGGAGGCUCCAAAAUGAGAUUGAUGAUAUUUUAGCGAAACCUAUCAUUCCUCUUGAUCUUUACCGAGAUGUACGUGAUUCACAUCUAGUUGGACUGUCUGGUUACACAAGAGAGGUACAUAUUCUGGGCCUUCCAGUGUUUGCUUUUGGUGUGGGUCUUAGCACAUUCGACAAAACAUUGGAUAAUUACUAUGUGCAAUCUCACAUUCAGAUGAACGAGUAUAGGGACCGUGUAGUGCUGCCCUUAGCAUCAGAGAAGCACGGGACCCAUAUUAGCAAAUGCGUCAAGGUUUUGGAUAUGACUGGCCUUAAACUUUCAGCUUUGAGCCAAAUAAAGUUAGGCACUAUUAUAUCUUCCAUUGAUGACCUGAAUUAUCCAGAGAGAACAAUUACAUACUACAUUGUUAAUGCUCCAUAUGUUUUUUCAGCUUGCUGGAAGGUUGUCCGACCACUUCUCCAUGAGAGGACGAGGAAAAAAAUCCGUGUGUUAUCAGGUAGUGGACAAGAUGAGCUUCUGAAGAUAAUGGAGUAUUCGUCUCUUCCCCACUUUUGUCGUAGAAAAGGUUCCGGGUCAUCUCGGUACUUCGAGGGACCUGAUGAUAAUUGCUUUUUGGUGGACCAUCAUUUUCACCAACAACAUUACAAUUACAUGAAGGAGCAGGGAUUGAGCCGUGCACCUCUCAUUCCACUAAAACAAGGCUCUUUUCAUGUUGAUUUUCCUAAAACCGAAACUGAAGGAACCGAAUUUGUCAAGAAGAUGGCAUCCGAGUUACAAACUUUUGGAAACAAAGAGAGAAUUUCAGAGUCAUUGGAAGACCUGAAAAUUGACAACUGCCAUUGAUUUUUUAGUGCAGUUAGGUCACUGUUCUUCUAACCCUUGCCUUUCAUAUAGGAAAAUGGCUAUAUACAUAUACUGUAUAAUAAUAACUAUAUAAGAAUCAGAUUAAAUAUCUCACGGAAUAAAUAACAAAUAUGGAAGCUAAUGUAGAAAUCUGAGCUUUAACUUGGUAUCAUAGGGAAUUGCAAAAAAAAAAAAAAACUUGGUAUCAUAGGGUUUUACGUUGUUGUUCUAUGCCCAAGCUUGGUAGCUGUUUGAGAAUAAUGUAUCGACAACAAUGCCCCACCAUUAUAUUAAUAAAAGUACUCGUAGCUUAUAUGUUAUGAUGAAAA